AUGAUCUCUCACGCUUACACACCUUCGGCUUCCGCGGCGAGGCAUUGUCAUCUCUCUGUGCCCUCGCGAACUUCCACAUCGUCACCGCUCAAGCGAAUCAGGCCCCCCCGCGCAAACAAACUCGACUUCGAAGCUUCCGGAAAGCUGCAAAAGACACAAAUAGUCGCCGGGCAGAAGGGGACUACCGCUUCAGUAGAAGGGAUCUUCAAGCGACUUCCAGUCCGCCGGCGCGAAUUGGAAAAGAAUAUCAAACGGGAAUAUGGGAAGGUGUUGAAUCUCCUGCAUGCGUACGCAUGUAUCAGUGCUGGCGUCCGGUUCAGUGUUAAGAACACCGUUGGCAAGACGAAAAAUGUCGUCGUUUUUUCUACCAACGCGAACCGCACGACGAGGGAGAACAUUGCCAAUGUAUAUGGGGCGAAAACUCUUUCUGCGCUGAUUCCAUUGGACCUGAAACUGGAAUUUGAACCAUCUGUUUCGAUGAAACGCGCAGGUGGGGGGAACAAGUCGAACCAGAUGGUUGUUCAAGGUCAUAUCUCUCGGCCUGUCUUCGGAGAAGGGCGUCAGACUCCGGAUCGACAGAUGUUCUUUGUCAAUUCCCGACCUUGUGGUCUGCCUCAGAUUGCAAAGGCUUUUAAUGAGGCUUAUAAAUCGUUUAAUGUUUCGCAGUCGCCGUUUAUCUUUGCGGACUUUCAGAUGGAUACGGAUGCUUACGAUGUGAAUGUAUCGCCGGACAAGCGACAGAUUCUAAUCCAUGAUGCUGCUGCUUUGAUCGAGUCUCUCAAGACGUCUCUAGUGCAGCUUUUUGAAACUGCUGACCAGACUGUACCCCAGUCACAGGUGCUUGGCCCAAAGCUUUCCACCCCUAAGCAGCAGGCACUCGGGGCUCUUCCGGGAUUCGUCUCAGCUCGCAAACUCAAUCAGCUUUCCGAUUCCCCUGCCACCCCGUCUCAAGAAUCCAAGGCCGAAAAGUCUAUUGAGAAAGAAGCUGAGAGCAAGCACCCACCUGCUCGGCAUGACAUUGAAAUCCCCACCAACACCGAGGAAAGCCCACAAGAUGUUGAGCCUUCACCUCCAGCUGAAACUACUCCGGCGCCCAGACGACCAUCAGCACCACCUAGAGAAGCCACCUCACCUAUACAAAUGCCAGACAGCACUCCGGCCAAGCCUCGAGGAAAGAUCACAGCAGAGUCCCAGUAUCAAAUAGCUGACGAACGAAGCUCUGAAUUGCCCCAGGAGCUGUCUUCGCAACUUUCCGCUGAACCGCAGCCAUCAUCCGACCAUCAGAUCGAUGAGCCAGAAGAAACGCCAAAUGUGGUUCAGAAUGCAUUUGAUAGAAUGCGCCCACGCCGUCUUCCUGCGGAAAUGGCUACUAUUACGAUUGGCGGUCAUACUGUUAAGUCGGUGGUGGGAAGUGGUCCCCCGCGCAGACGGACUUCAGAUCGGAGAUCAUCGGACAAGGAACGUCCUGCGCGAAAACGGCUUAUCCACACACCGUCCCGGCCUAAUAUAUUCGGAAACCAUAUGAGAGAGUUUGCCGCACCGGGAACACAAACGGAGCCAGAUGAGGCUGGGGAUGAGGAGGCGGAAGAUGGAAGCGAAGGCGAAUAUGAAGACGAAGACGAGGAGGCUGAAUACUCUGCAAGCGAGAACAGUGAGGAGAGCGAUGUCGAACAGGAAGCUGAAGAAGAGGAAAAGCCCUUUUCGAUGCCUGAGGAUACCGAUGAUGCCCCUGGACAAGGCGAGGCUCGUCACCAACUGGAAUCGGAGACGGUUGAAGUAGAAACAGAUACCGGCACAAAAGAGCAAGACAUGGACGAGGCCGAGAAAAAGGCCGAAGAAGAGGCCAGAGUUCAGCAUCUAAUCCACCAAGCAGAGGAGAAAGCCAUGCUUCCAAGCGAAAACAACAUCAGCCGCCUGAACAAGAUGAACAAAGGCGCCGUUCAUCGCGAUGCAACAGUCCACCUAGUCAGCACGAUUGACGCCUCGAUCUCGCAGCUGCAGUCCCAAAUGACAAAAUUACGCGAAGGCCUUGAACAACAAAGACAACCCUCUACCGAAGAAGACAUCGAAGCCAAUGACGGCAAAACGGCCGAAGACCGACUUGCGUUAACAGUAAGCAAGACUGAUUUCGCGCAGAUGCGCAUCAUCGGCCAAUUCAACCUUGGGUUCAUCAUUGCCGUUCGACCCGGCGAAACCCGCGACGAGCUCUUCAUCAUCGACCAACACGCCUCGGAUGAGAAGAUCAAUUUCGAGCGUCUACAGUCCGAAACGAUAGUUCAGAACCAGCGGCUCGUCCGACCACAGCGUCUAGACCUCACGGCCGUCGAAGAAGAAAUCGUUCUAGAGAACCGCUCCGCUCUAGAGAAAAAUGGAUUCAUUGUCGCUGUUGAUGAGAGUGGUGAGGAACCCAUCGGUCGACGAUGUAGUCUUAUUUCUCUCCCACUGAGCAAGGAAGUUGUCUUUGGUUCGCGGGAUCUUGAAGAGUUGAUCGUUCUCCUGUCUGAGUCGCCGGCCGCUAACUCGGUCUCUGUACCGAGGCCUAGUAAGGUGCGGAAGAUGUUUGCGAUGCGUGCUUGUCGCUCGAGUAUUAUGAUUGGGAAGACUUUGACUGCGCGGCAGAUGCAGCGGGUUGUUUAUAAUAUGGGGACUAUUGAUAAACCGUGGAAUUGUCCGCAUGGCCGACCGACUAUGCGGCAUUUGAUGAGCUUGGGGCAGUGGGAUGAAUGGGAUGAAUAUGGGGAAGGAGAGGAUGAUAGUCUUGAUAUCUAUCGGCGUUACGUGGAGGAACAGAACCAAGGAGGGGAAGAGGAAGAAGAAGAAGAUGAUGAUGAUGGUGAUGAUGAACUGGAAGCAUAA